AUGGACGCACGAAGUCAGGUGGAGAACGUCUUGCAGUCCUGGCUGGGUGGAGAACGUCAGUUGGAUCGGGACAGUUGCAUCACGAUCCUUCAGGCCGUCAGCUUGACCUUGCCGGAGGCCAAUGCCAUUGUCAAGGACUUUGGUGCAGAGCGCUCACAGAUCAGUUUGAAGGACUUCUUAGACAUCUUUUUCCCUCGUCAGGAACCUCUCGAUAUGGCGACCCCGAGUGCUGCUGAAAACGGCGAGGUAGUGACUUCGCUGGAUGAUAGCUUGCAGGCAGACAAUGAGAUGCUGAAGAGGGAACUGCAAGAAACACAGGCAAACAAUGAAAGACUCAAGAAGCAACUACAGGAAGAUCACAAGCAGGUCCUGUUCAUGAUCGAGGUCGACAAGGCGAGCGGAGAGCGAUUAGGCAUUGUUCUCAAGAAAGAGGACCACCGACCUUUUCGAGUGAAGGACAUCAAGGACGGAUUGGUCCAGAAGUGGAACUUGAAGCACCCGGAUAAGGCGGUGAGGCUGGGAGAUUGGAUCGUGGAAGUGAACGGCCUUCGGGAUGUGGAACAGAUUACGAUGGAGUGCCAGAGAGACCAGGUCCUCACGAUCUGUGUGCAGCGGCCCUUGGGAGAGCAAGACUUAGAGGACGGCACGGCGAACGGCGGCGGUUGGGCGACCAGUGCUCCGCAGGGCGAGGAUGAAGCUUUGGUGGACGAGAGCCUUCAGGCAGAGAAUGGGAGGCUGAAGAAAGCACUGCGGGAAGCACAGGCCGAACAUGAGAGACUGUUGGAAGCUAAAAUGCAGGCUGAGGAAAGCCACGAGGUGGAAGAGGUUCAUCGGCACGGUGCUCACGUCACACUUUACAUCACGCUCAAGGAUCAGCCUGCAGUGACGGCUGAUACAGCUGAUAUUGCAUACCAUGGACACAUUCGAGAAGGCGCAACACGAUGCGUCAUCUCGUUUCCUGGGAAGUAUCCAUCCGGAUGGGACGCACUCAUCAAAGAGCAUCAUGACGGCAGCGUUGGCUGCGUUUUUCUGUGCACCCCGGAAGAUGGCCUUGGAAAACAUGCGCAAGACCCUGAUGCAGAAGAGGGCACUUGCUACUGCAAAGCCAUCUAUGGAGAGCGAGGUUGGAAGGAGUUUGGCUACCUCAAGGUUCUAAGGUGCCCUUACACGAAGGAAAAGAUGCUGAAGGAGCAGGAGAAAGCAGCAGCAAUGGGUAUAGUUGUUGUUGGAGAAGAUGCUAGUCCAGAAGAACGGAAGAAGGCUGAACAAGAAGCUGAGCAGAAGUACGAGGAGAAUCAGAGAAGAGCACCUUGGGGUUGUUUAUGGUUUAAAGUUUGGAUGGGCAAUGGUACCUACGCCACCGAGAAGAAGCAGAAACUGCAGGUGGUGUACUUUGCAGGGCAGAGAGGCGAGGGCAAGGUGGAGUGGGAACAACUGCCCACUGCCGAUCUGUGGGACGGACAUGGUCUGGGUGGGUCUCAAAAAGCUGAAGUGGCCUACCUGGACAAGAUGAGGCAGAAGGAUCCAGCAUGGGAUUAUGAAGAAAUCGAUGUGGCUCGGUUCUUGCAGAGUGAGUUUCAGCUUGGAAAAGACGUUGAUGCCUUUGACCACGAGAGAUGCCAGUGGCGCAGAGGGUGGUUGGUGCAAGUUCCUGACAUGAGCGAAAACGACGAGCUCACAUGGAUGGUCCAGUGCCAUGAAGAGCAGCAGAGAUUUAAGUCUGCACAUGUGCGUCACACCACAGAUCCGAUCCACAAACUAGUGACCAGUGUGGCAGAGCAGCGAUUCUUGCAGGGCAUUCUGAAGCAAGCCUUGCCUGGGAAUGUGCGCGUUGUGUUGGUCUCUGAAACGAGGCUGCUCAACGGAGAUGCUGCUCUGGCAGUGGACGUUCAUGUGCCACAUGUCAAGGCCAUCCAUGUACUUCGAGACCAGGUCCUGGCCGGUGACUCUGAAGCGUGGCUCAAUUGGUCUCUGUCAAAUGUGCACGGUGGCCAAUUCCAAGUGCAAGUGGACAAGACCGAAUUCUUUAAGCACUACGAGAAGAGCCUGCUGACCCUUUCAGAAUUGACCUCGCAUCAAAAAGCCAAGCUGGCCCAACUGCACAGGUUGGAGAGUAAAGAGGUGCAUCUAUCGGCUCCCGCAGGCGCAGGUAAGACUUUUGUCGCGGUGCAAUUCGCGCUGGACAAAGUGUAUGAAGACGAAUCUCAAGAGCCGAUCCUCUACGUUGCUCCUCGACCUUGCUUGGGACUGCAUUUUGUUCAGUGGUUGAUUGCAAGACAUGAAUCGUUGGAAGCCCAAGGUGGGCUUGAGAUGAAGAUUGAGGAUUUGCUUGCCAGGAUCGUGCUGAUGCACAGACCAUACGAGGAGUAUGUCAAGUUAGUUCUACAAGGAAAUUGUUUGAUCGAGAAUAGACUUGAUGCCGCUCCAGACUUUGCACUGGCCAUCUUUGACGAGGCACAUGAGCUCUUCACAUCAGAUAGGAUGAGCAUGAUUUACAAAGAUGUGCGCGCUGGUCAGAAGCUGCUACUGUCCGACAUCUCUCAAUCUGCUGCUUUGCAUCCUUCUUUCCCCAAGACCCAACACACCAUGAGCCUUCAAGAAGUGGUGAGGAGCACCAAGCGCAUCGUUGCAGCUGCGCUAGCAUUCGAAGUGGAACACGAUGAAGGUGUGACCACCAGCUGCUGCGGAACCAACGGCCCACCCCUCAAAACCUUCAUGUUUGAGGCGGCUGAUCGGUCGGAGGACGGUCGGCUGCUUGCGCAAUACAGUCGGUCCACCAUCCGAGCGAUGUGUCAUGUUCUCCGCACGUACCCCUGCUUGAGAAGCUGGCACCGGCGGAUCGCCAUCAUUGUGCCACAUGAGGAGUUCCGUGAGAAGUUCAAGCCGAUGCUUCAAGAGGAACUCCAUUCGACCUUCACGGCCCAUUCGAGACUUCAGCUGAAAUCCUUUGAGGAAUCCUUGCGCUACUUACAGUCGAACAACGGAAGACCCACAGAGGAUGAAGUCCUGGUUUUGGAUACGAUUGAAGAAGCACGCGGACAAGAGAUGAUGAUUGUGAUUUGCGUUGGCCUGGAUGAGGAAAUUCAUGCUAGGGCUGAUACUCUUUUGACUCGGGCCCGGAUCUACCAAGGUAUCACCAGAGCACAGCUCAUGGCUAUCGUCGUAGACAAGCUCGUAGAAGGAGGAUGGCUUCAAUUUCUUGCUACCCUCAAGUUCAACAACCAGGAGUUCAAGCAAAAGUUGGCUUUUGGUGAGGUAAGCCCCAAGGCUGCAAGCAACAUCAUCAAAAAGCGAGGAGAGACCGAGUGUUCUCCAGCGGUCCAGGAGCAUGGUGGCCCUGAUCUGACCCAGUCCGAAAUGAGCGCCGAGCACGGUGAGAGCCAUGAUGUGGCGGAGGAACAUGGUGAAGAAGCUUGGAGCAAGACGACGACACAGGAUCAAGAAGACGAGCAAUUUGAGACAUCCGUGUGGGAUACCGACAGCAAUGAGAUCAGCGCCCGCCGGCGAAGCCAACGACUUCUCUUCGACCCGCGCAUGCAGGAGUCGCUGGCGAGUCAGUUUAUCACUUACCAGGAUGGAUCAACAUACACUGGUAGUGUCAAGGAUGGACGACGUCAUGGACACGGUAUAUGGGAGAACAGCCAAGAUUCCUAUGAGGGGCAGUGGAAGGCCGAUCUGCAGCACGGCCACGGGCGUCAAAUGUGGAACGAUGGACGUGUCUACGAAGGACAUUUCAAGCAUGGCAAGUUUGGCGGACAGGGCAGGAUGGUCUGGCGUACUGCGAGGGGCAUGCUGGUCUAUGAGGGUCAGUACAAGGAUGAUAAAAAGCACGGCAAGGGCAAGUUUACUUGGGCCGAUGGCCGCUUCUACGACGGCGAGUGGAGAGAGGGCCAGCGGCAUGGUCACGGUAUCUACUGCAACGUCCAGGGUGAGAGCCGAGCCUCGAGCCCUCCUGUGGUGAACUCAGCGGUGGAGGCCAAGGCCUCGCGGCGGGGCUGUUGCAGCAAAGGCCCAAGAGGGGCCGUGGCGGAUUCGGAUGAACUCUUCCAGCUCAUCAAAGAUAUUGACUGGUCGCAGAAGAAGCCCGUGCUCACACGGGAGGUGACCAUUGGGCAAGAUCGAUGGGAGCGCGGCAGCAUCUUGAUGAGCGUGGGCGACCCGGGUGGACCGCAGGAGAUUCGCCUGCGAGGAGGACGGAACCGAGAGAUCAUGAAGAAGGCCCUUCAGGAAUGCCUCGAUGCAGACCGACCGGUGUGGGUCGGUUUGAAGCGCUUCCGCGUGGGCAUGCCCUGGUGUGUGGUGCUCCGCUGUCCCUGCCUGGUCAUCUCCGUGACCUUGGUGGGCGUCCUGAGCCUCAUCGGGAUCAGUGUGACAUCGGCAUCCAUCUUCCUCAACACGAACUUCGACUCCUUCAUGGACUCGGACAGUGCCGCGUCCCUGAACUUUAAGUCCAUCCUACAGGCCAUCCUGGAUGCCCGUGAAGAGCGCGCCGGUCGGCGGCUCUCCAGUGGAGGACCUACAGUGAUGGCUUCAGGGCUGGUCUUAGAGGAUGGCACUCCUGCGGUUCGAAGACUCCAGUCCGGCUUGAGAUUGUACAAAACCUAUACCUUUCAGCUCACCUAUGCUCGCAGAAACGGUGGCAACAUGAUGAGUGAAGGAGAUUUCGCGUUCAUCAGGAGUGUCGAGGCAGCGGUCAAGUCUUUGCCGGACUUUCGACUACUUUGUGACACGUCGGAGCCGAAGUUCUUGAAUCACUGCAAUCCUGGGAUCUCAAUGGCCAAUUUCGUGUUCCCUUUCCAAGUGCCUGACGGCGCGGACGCGCGACUCUACCUCAACGGCAGCGGCACGAGCGCGGUGCCUUUGGCGGUGGCCGUGGCCCUCGCUCGAGAGGAGGGGCUCACGGACGUCGUGUGGCCCGAGGAGGUCGGCAGCGAGGUGCAAAUCGUGGGUGUGAGAGCUUGUGGCGAUGUGAUUUCCAACUGCGCGACGUGGAAGGAUCAAUGUCUUCAAGGUGCAGAGCAUCAGGCCUACAUGCAGGACUUCUGCAAAGCUACCUGUGGCAUUUGUGACAAAGCGGUGCCGGAGGCCGAAGUGUCAGCCGCAGUGGCUGAGGAGGUCAAUGCCAUGAGAUCCUACUUCACACUGCAAGCGUUUUGCUGCACUUCAGGCCAAAGCGGUCAAGGCGCAAGAGUGCAGGAGAUGGACAGCACUUGGAAUCGCUUUGUGGCUGAUUUGGUCACCCUGGUGAACGAGAAGAACCAAUUGGGACAAGUUCGAGUGUUCUAUCAGGGCAAUGGUAUCGACACCUUCGAGAGCUUGGCAGCGGUCGCCAGUGAUAUCAAGUUUGCCAUCAUGUCCUAUUCUUUUGUGCUGAUCUAUGCCACCUUGCACACGCGAAGCCCUUUCCUGGCCAUGGUGGGACUGUUCCUCGUGAUGUUAUCCAUCCCCGCGGCUUUGGCAAUUUUCAUUCUCACCAGCGGUAGCGGAGAGAUCUCGUUGAUGAUGUGUCUCUCGGUCUUCAUUGUCGUGGGUGUGGGCUCCGACAUGCUCUUUGUCUACACGGACUUCUACAAGCAAUCCUUGAAGUUCUCCAGAGAGCCAGUCGACAGGCUGAAAUUCACAUACCUCCAGGCGGCCUCUUCCACCGCUGCCACCACCUUUACCACGGCCAUGUCGUUCUUCGCCAACUUGGCCUCGGUCUUGCGACCUCUCAGAGAAUUCGGCUUCUUCAUGGGCAUUUGUGUCACACUAGCGUGGCUGAUCGUUUUCCUCGCCUAUCCAUCCACGUUGGUUCUUGGUGAGCGUUUGCACACUUGCUGCAGGCGAUGCAUUUUAGCACAAGCGAAGCCGGCUCCGCGGCGUGUGUCGGUAGCUCGUUCAGCCCAGCGCAAGAGCAUGGUGAUGUUGGCUGAAGCCUUGGAUCCGGAGAAGAAAGGCGUGGGAGCGGCUCAAGGCAGCUGCUUGGGCGACUACAUGGCCACGUUCAUCGAAAGGUUCAAAUAUCCACUGGUGUUGAUCUUCUUGAUCAUCACGGCCAUUCAAGGCUAUUUGGCCGUGUCCAACAUGACACAAGCCACUGGAAUUCCUCAGACCUUCCCCGACUGGCACAACCAGGAGGCAGGCAAGGAAUACAAUGGCCUUUUUGGCUCCUUCGAAUGGCGCAAGAUCACAGUGGAUACUUAUCCAAGCUAUGCAUUGAAAUGUGCAAAUCUCUUUCGCUCCUGCCAAUUCCACCGCUGUGAAACACACGGUCAACGCCUCGGCAAUCUCUCGAGUUGCAAAUGCGUCCCGCACUUGUCCGCUGAACCUUCUGCCAAUGACGGCUGUGGUCACUAUCGUGUCAAGAGUCGCGUGGUGGGGCGAGAUGGCCUGGAGACCGGGCACUUCCUUCUGGAGGAUUUGGAAGCUUCACUGCGCAGUCGAUUUCCCAACAGGGAGCUGCAAUUCAUCGGAUCCAGUAUCAAGUCAUCGGUGCUGGAAACCUACCACUGGGACAGUGGCGAGGAAGAUUUGCGCGUGAUGCUCCAGGUGCCAGAUGCGAGGCUGUUGGGCAACGGAAGCGGCACAUGCGUCCUCCAAGAGAUUUGCUACUGCGGUGUGCAGCCCUGUGAGGGAUCUAGCGCAGGAGUCUCUUCCAACCACCUUCGCUUGGACGGCGCUAGUAGCGCCGUCGCACGCCGGUUGGCAACCACGACCACGCCCGAGCCGUUGCUGCCGCCGGAAGUGCGGGCAGACGUCUUGGUGGUCUUCGGCCUGGUGGUUACCGGGAGUAAUCGCCUCAUUGGAGUCUCCACUGAACAGCCUUAUGGAUUUUCCACGGAUUUUCGCCCUGAAGAUCCCUGGGCGCAGCGGCAAAGUUUGAGUCUUUGCACCAACCAUCCAGAGGAGCUGAAGAUCAUCAGCAUGCAUUGCUGGUUGGUGGGUUUUCGAGAUUGGUGGGUGAACAUGCGCAACGAAGAGUGGCCCGUCCGCCUCAGCAAGAACUUCCAUGGUGAAGCUUGGUGGUACGCCAACAACAUGAGGACGGGCAACCUCGAAACAUCAAGCUUCCUGUGGUUCGAAGACGAGAAGCUCAUUGCCAUGUACUUCCAGUGCUUCCUCAAUGUGAAUCGCUUGGCGGGUUCCUCGGUGGGAUUGGAGGCCAUGCAGAACUGGGAUCGCUUCAUGGCAGCUUUCAACAGCCAAGCGGACGCAUCCAUUAAGGGCGCUUGGCACGCUUCCAAGCUCUGGAGCGUGAGUGAAGCAGAGAAGGUGAUUUUGGACAGCACGUUGAUCACGCUUUGCAUCUCCUUGGGUUGCGUGUUUCUGGGAGUGCUGGUCUUCACACGAAGCACGCACCUGGCCAUCAUCGUGAUGACCAUCGUGCUGACCAUCGUUGUGGGUUUGCUCUUCUUCAUGGUCAUUAUCAUGGGUUGGGCGAUCGGUGCCAUCGAAGUCCUGUCCCUGAUCGUCUUUGUGGGUUUUGCGGUGGAUUAUUGUCUCCAUUUGUCCCACAAAUACCACUCCUGCCACAUCACCGAUGUCGAGGAGAAGGAAGAAGAGGAGGUGGAAGAGGAAGAGGUCCAAGACCACGAAACCAUGGCACAACGCUUUGGCAGGAAGAGUAUCAUGGCUGCCGCGGUGGGGAAGACGGGGCGCCGCGUGAGCAUGAAGGUGUCGGAUGCUCCAGCAGCAAAGGCCACCUGCGAGAAGAACAAGAAAGUCUUGUCGAAGAAUCGGAGUGCUGAACGCUUCGAGCGCUCGAGAUAUGCUUUAGAGCGGAUUGGUGGCUCCAUUGUUGGCUCUGCACUCACCACCAUUGGCUGUGCAUGUUUCCUGCUGCCCUGCACGAUGCACAUCUUCUUCAAGCUUGGUGCCGUGGUCUGUGGCGUGACGAUCUAUGCCGUGAUCUUCUCAUUGAUUCCUUUGCCGGCUGUUCUCAUGUGCUUUGGACCAUGCGGUCACGACUUUCGAUCCAUCCUCGAGCUUUUGGGGCGCGCAGCGAACACCAUCAUGCCGGAAGAUGAAGAGGAGGAAGAGGAGGAGGAGCCAAUGCAAGCAGUGGCACCGGAGGUCCAGGAACGGCGCUACGUGCUGAGCAUGCCAAGUAAGGGGAUGGGACAGUUUGGAGACACCUCGCAGUUUCAACCAACUCGUAGCAGAAUUGAGAUUCAUGGUUGA